AUCUCGCGGUGUUACCAUUCAGACAUAUUGCAUGUUAUUAAGUCGAAGAUUUUUUCAUUAAAGAUACAUAAUAUAUGCGUGUACGUACUCUCCUCAGAAACUGUGUCACAGUGUGAAUCCACUGUAUUUUUUUCUGCGCGUGAACGGAUGUGAGAUUGGGGGUUAAACCGAGCGUCGCGUGCCAAUCCCGCGGAGUUUCGACGCUCUCUCACGGGGCUCUCAGCCGUAUUGUGCGUCAUCUCCAUCGCCGCCGUUUUGUUAUUUCUCUCCGUAAAGGAAGAUGGCAACUCCCGCUGCGGUCAACCCAUCCGAAAUGGGCAGUGAGUUGCCAGGGACCGUAGCAAUGCCCGGAGCAGUUGGGUCUGGUCAGGUCAGGAUGGGAGGAGGCGUACAAGGCCGUGGGGGCAAAAGAAGAUCGGGAGGAAUGGACUUUGAUGACGAAGACGGAGAGGGACCGAGCAAAUUUUCAAGGUAUGAUGAUGAUCAGAUUCCUGGUGGAGAUAAGGAAAGAUAUGCCAGAGAGAACCACAGUGAGAUCGAGCGACGCCGACGCAACAAAAUGACCCAGUACAUCACUGAGCUGUCAGAUAUGGUCCCUACCUGCAGCGCCCUGGCCCGAAAACCUGAUAAGCUGACUAUCCUGCGUAUGGCAGUCUCCCAUAUGAAAUCCAUGAGGGGCACUGGAAACACAUCCACUGAUGGGGCCUAUAAGCCCUCCUUUCUCACUGAACAGGAACUGAAGCACCUGAUCCUGGAGGCAGCGGAUGGCUUCCUGUUUGUGGUUGCUGCCGAGACCGGCCGGGUCAUCUACGUGUCCGACUCUGUGACACCGGUGCUGAACCAUCCCCAGUCAGAGUGGUUUGGCAGCACUCUGUAUGAACAGGUUCACCCCGAUGAUGUGGACAAGCUGAGGGAACAGCUUAGCACUUCAGAAAACUCAAUGACAGGGCGAAUUCUGGACCUGAAGACAGGAACAGUGAAGAAGGAGGGACAGCAGUCCUCCAUGAGGAUGUGCAUGGGCUCUCGACGCUCUUUUAUCUGCCGCAUGAGGUGCGGCAGUGCUCCUUUGGAUCAUAUCUCCCUAAAUCGCCUGUCUAACAUGAGGAAGAGAUACAGGAAUGGCCUUGGUCCCUCAAAAGAAGGAGAAGCUCAGUACUCUGUAGUGCAUUGUACUGGCUACAUCAAAGCCUGGCCCCCUGCAGGCAUGACUAUACCAGAAGAAGACACAGAGGCAGGUCAGACGGGAAAAUACUGCCUAGUGGCUAUUGGGAGACUGCAGGUAACCAGCUCUCCAGUUUCCAUGGAUAUGAAUGGUCUGUCGGUUCCCACAGAGUUCCUCUCACGUCACAACUCGGAUGGUGUCAUCACUUUUGUCGACCCGCGCUGCAUCAACGUCAUUGGUUAUCAGCCUCAGGACUUACUGGGGAAAGAUAUUUUAGAGUUCUGCCAUCCUGAGGACCAGAGUCACCUGAGAGAAAGUUUCCAACAGGUGGUGAAAUUGAAGGGUCAGGUCCUGUCAGUGAUGUAUCGUUUCCGGAUGAAAAACAGGGAGUGGAUGCUAAUCCGAACCAGCAGUUUCACCUUCCAGAACCCAUACUCUGAUGAGAUAGAGUACAUCAUCUGCACCAACACCAAUGUCAAGCAGUUGCAGCAGCAGCAGGCAGAGCUAGAGGUUCACCAGAGAGAUGGGCUGACUGCGUACGAUCUUUCCCAGGUACCUGUGGCCAGCGUCAGCAGUGGAGUCCAUGAAGCAGGGAAGAACAUCGACAAGACAGAAGCCCUGUUCUCCCAGGAGAGAGACCCACGCUUUGCUGAGAUGUACACCAGCAUUUCUGGAUCGGGAGACAAAAAGAUGAUGGUUCCCUCCUCUACAGCUGGAGGCCAGCAGAUCUACUCUCAGAGCUCUCCCUUCCAGCAGGGACACUCUGGCAAAAGUUUCAGUUCCUCUGUGAUCCAUGUCCCUGGUGUGAACGACAUCCAGCCAGCUGGCUCAUCUAAUCAGAAUCUAGCUCAAAUCUCAAGACAGCUUAACCCAGGCCAAGUGGCAUGGUCAGGCAACCGACCCCCCUUCUCUGGACAGUCCAACAAAGCCCAGUCCAGUCCAUUUGGUAUUGGUUCUGGCCACAGCUACCAGACUGACCCGGCCUCCUACAGUCCCUUGUCAUCACCAGCCACUUCCUCCCCCAGUGGCAACGCCUACUCGGGACUGACAAACCGCAGCACAGCUUUUGAUGUGUCGGGGGAAAGCAGUCAAAGUGGAGCCCAGUUCCAGGGUCGUCCCAGUGAGGUCUGGUCCCAGUGGCAGAACCAGCAUCACUCUCAGCAGGCCGGAGAACAACACACACACCCCAACCCCAGCCAGACAGAAGUCUUUCAGGACAUGUUACCCAUGGCUGGAGAUCCCACACAGGGAACAGCUAACUAUAACAUUGAGGACUUUGCCGACCUCGGCAUGUUCCCACCCUUCUCUGAGUAAUAACUUCCUCUCUCCGUCACUCUCCCUUUCAAAACUGGACUGAUGUUUGCAUUUAUCUCUCAUGUUCUGUCUCGUUUUAUGUAUAGCUGCAUCACCAACACACAUCCAUGUGCAGCACGGUGAAUGUCUGGGUGAACUCAUCAUUUGCGCACAUACAAACACACAGUGCACUCAUGUUUGGGCUCCAAGGCCUGCAGUAUGUAUCUGUGAGCAUGCACAUACCUCAUCACUGCCAAGACGAAGGCUCCAUGUGGAAGGACCACCAUCAGUCUGCUGUUAUCAGCUCUUUGUUUUAACGGGCGUUGUUUGAAGCUCUCUGAACAAAUGAAGCAGUCUGUGACAUUUAGGCCAGGGAGGCUGCUCUCUGCGGUCGGCAUCAGCAAGACCAGCCGGGUCAUUACAGCAUUUUCUGUCAGUGUAUGCAUAGACUAAGGUCAGUAUUAUCAUUUUACUCUUCCUCUCUUUAAGAUUUGAUCGAACAAAACUUUUUCAGAUGCGUUCCUACACCUACAGUAUUCACAUUAUUUAUGACUGUCUGUGCCAAAUGUGCAUGAGGAGUAGCCAGUGAUAGAAAGCAAGGUUUUGUUUUCAGGCAAGAACGAGUACAUCUGAGCAAAAACUAAGUAAAGCAUAAACUGCUUUCAACACCACAGGUGGAACCUUUGUUACAUUUUAUGUAACACGGUGGUUUUAUCAUAAAUGUAGAGUUGCUGGAUUGCAUUAAUUUCCUAACAUCAGUUAAUUCAACCUGACUUUCGUGUGACAUUUUGAGUGUCAGAUCCUUUUCAUGUGAUUGUUUUAGCUCCAUAAUGGCUUUGGACAGUGGAAGCAUGCUGCAGUUUUAGCCAGAGAAGGUAAAACUAUGGAGAUUAUUCAUAAUUUAUAUAAUGAAGGAAUAGCACUACUCCACUUACAGUUGUCCAGAAUUAUUGUAGCCAUUGGCAGGCUCUGGGCAAGUGGAAGAUUAUUUGGUUUUUUUUGUUUGUUUCUUUGCUUGUUUGUUUUUGCAGACCAUUCUAAGGACAAUAUGUGUAUCUCUACACUUUGGACACAAUCCUACAGACCUGAGAUCACCCACAUGCUGCUAUAGGCCUCAUCACAGACUCACAGUCCUGUUCAGUGAUCAUCACACUGUAAUAACUGCUGCACUAACGGCCCUUUUACAUUCUAGCGUGAUUAUAUUGUAGUGUGCAGGGUUCUCGCCAGGAUUUUUUUUCAGCGUAACGGCAGGUCCUCCUGCACGCACGCGCAAUAAACGGGAACGCGCAUGCGCAAUAGACGGGAACGGGUCAAUCGACAGGAAAGUACGGCUGAGGUGGGGAGACAUAAAUUAACCUAGAUAGGCACCCAGUCGAUUUAAAACAAACGCACAUGGCGUUAUCUGUCAAAAUAACAGCGCAGCGGCCCUAAUCACAGUGUUAACCCUUCCUGUUCAGCCCGUGGUCAGGAAGCCCGGGGUUAACCCCCUUCACUUCCUCAGCAGCCGUAGAGGCAAAGACACAGGAGCCCAGCCGCAUCGAAGAACACUGCAGCCUUUAUUGUCUAUCAACAGUGGCUGAACCGCACAGUACCGCCAACCCAGGAACUACACACCUCUCCACCUCUACUGACUGCCGUCUCGGGCUGCAUUCAAGGUAGCUUGGACAUCUCGCUCUCCCCCUCUCUCCCACACACACACGCUGCUCUCUCUCCCUCUCUCAUGACGGAGCCACACACUCUCAUAACAACAGCGUAAUCUUUGAAAUGCGCUGGCGUAGCGGCCCUAAUCACAGCGUAAUCUUUUAAACUGAGCGUAAUGGGCUGUUAAGACUGCGUAACGGCCCGUUAGACAGUGUAACGGGCUGUUAUGACAGCGUAACGGGCCGUUACGCUGAAAUGCGCUGGCGAGAACCCUGGUGUGAGGGCAGAGGAUAGUAGAUGGACAUGUAGUUUAGACUGCAGGAAAUAACAUACAUGAGGUGGCACAUUUGACCUGCUAAUAUCCAUGAGGGCCGUCACAGCUUGCAUGUUUUGACAUUUUAUGUGACACAAAGUUUGCUUUUAGGCAUCAGGAAAAUGUUUUCAACUAACAAGAAAAGUUUGUGUUCAGUCACGUUGACACCCAUUUGUAACUGAGGCAAAGUGGACCCGCAACAACGCUGGUCAAAGACUGUAUGCACAGUUCUAUUUUUAGAUUUGAGGUCCUGGUUUUUAUUUCGACGGCGUGGCUCUUGCCUGAUCUUAGACCAGCAGGUGAGCGGUCACUCUCUGGUUCCCACCUGGACUGACUGUAGAGAGCACCAAUUAACAACACUAUUGAUGUAAAUUUACACAAAGUACCAACACUACCCGUUGGCAUGAACACACAGUAAGAUAUAUGUAAGUGUUCCAGAUGUACACCUCCAUGUGUCUGGUGCCGCUUUUUGCACACCAUCAUCGAGCGCUAAGCAGCAGCAGGAGAGGAGAAGCCGCUCAUCUCCACCUGCUGCUGUCAUAUCUCUGUCCAUCAACCUUAUUGUGUAACCUAUAUGUAGUAAUGUCCUGAACUCUAGAAAAUAACUUUAAGCGAGUAUAGAAGGAUUCUAUGUAUAAAUGAAACAACCUUCUUUUUUUCAAAAAAGUCAUUGCAGACAGUUGCUAAGCUAAGGCUUAAAGUGCACUUCAUGAAGCUAACCGCUAAUCACACCAGCCUGCUUUAAAAGGGAAGAACUGCCAUACCGUCCAAGCAAAGCGCAGUAUUUACUAGUAUAUUUGGUGUUCUUCAGCUCUCGCUACUUGACUUUAUUACUUUCUAAUCUUUUCAACAAUUAAGAGACUGAAUAAUACUUUCUAGUUGGGGAGCUUUUACAUGAUAGAUUGUAUAAUGUCUCUGACAGAUGAGAGAACCUUCAGACAUUGGAGUCCUUUUGCUAAAGAUCUCAAAUUGAUGUUUUUUUGUAAAUAAUGUGAUUUUUAUGUCAACUCGUGUUAAUUUCACACAGUACUUUUUGUGUAGUUUUAACGAUAUGGUGUGCAAUGUGAGUACGUAUUUAACGAUUGGUAUUUAGUUAGAUGAUUAAUUGUACAUUGAGUUCUAGACUUGUAUAAAUUGUGUAAAUGUGACCCAUUACUUUUGUGUAACAAAUUGUGCUUGUGACAAUAAAUUCUUUUUGGUUAUGUGGCUUCCA